AGGAGUGACCAAAUUUAAUGAGUCUCGAGUGCUUCCUCUUCAGAAUACAAGGGUCUCACGCCAUUCUCGAAUUUUAAUGAGACGUGGGCGUUGGGAUACAUGGAGUUUAAAAGGAACUGCUAGAGUCUACUCAAAUAACAAAGACUUUAGAUACUCUAGCCUUCGCCAUCAACUUGGCCACUUGGAAAAUUUGUGUAUUCUCGUCGCAGAAGGAAUCAUUCAAUCGCUCGUACUCAAGCAUCAUGGCAAACGUAUGGUCAAAUAUCUUCAUAUUCGUGUGUGUUGUAUUUCAAAUAUCCGCUAUUCCACUGAGAAUCGCAACGAAAAAAGGAGAUGAUAAUAAUGUUUUGGAAAGAGUCGAAAGCAAUGAGCUAGAGCGAAGCUCCAGAACUCGAAGAACGGAAAAUUCAAUUCCACUUGGAUGUGAAAGUGGAAGUACAUUUGGUUUGGCAAGUGUGCCACAUUGCCUUGUCACGGAUGCCGAAUACCACGCCGAUAUGAAAUUGUGCUUGGUGCAGCUUAUUCAUGUUCCUGGUAUGCCUGACGGGAGAAAAGGAUAUAACUACGUCGCACACAAUCAUUUUUUGUAUAAAGCUUACAACGCGACAAAUACUUUGAAGCUCGUUAAAUGCCCAACGCCUGUGCCGACAACUGAAAACACGAGAAACCUCUCAAUGCCAUCGAAACCUCUUGUUUCAAACACCACUUCAUCACCAAAUGACACCAAGUCAACACAAACAACAUCAAAACCGAACAUUUCAAACACCACACCUUCAUCGAAGCCUCCCGUUUCAAUUUCAAACAACGCAUCGUCGAAUACCACUGUUUCAAAAACUACAGCUACAAACGACACCAAGCCAACGUCGAUACCGAUAACAACAGGAACAACAAAAGCUACUUCGCAACAAAGUACAGAAUCACCAAAGCCGACCAUAGCUGCCAUUUAGCUACCCACGAAAGAACGGAGGAACAAAGAUGCAACUUUGAUGUCGACAGCAAAGAUCGAAGAGGAUGUUUAAGAGGUUUCAAUCUAUAACAUCCGCGAAAGAAACCUAAAUUACAAAGCUAGCUUCAUUGCAAAAAGAUAUGCGGAAAGACAUAUCCUGAAACGUCCUGUCUUGCCAGGGAUUGAAAAAAAAACUUGAACGAGGAGGAAAGUCAACUAUUUUUUAGCAUAGCCAUAGGGUAGGUUACAUGCGUAAAAAUAUAAUAUAAACAAAAAGCAUUGCAACAAUGAACAUUCAAAUUACAUAAGUAAAAACUAUGUAUUAUUAAACGAAAUUUUCAA